UCCCCACUAUUUAUUUAAUUUUAUUUAAAUAAAUAUUGCGCGUGUUAUUCGGUUGCAUCUUAACAAACACCCAAUCUCUGUCUCUCUCUCGAUAGUCAAGGCUCUUCCAUUUCUUCAUGCCUCAAUUUGUUUGACAAUUCGACGUUGUCAUGAUUGGUGAAUGGAAAUCACCCAAUCCUAAUCCCGAUGCUGAUACUUCUGCUGCUUGUUUCUUCUGGGUGCCUGUGAUCAAUCACUCAUUCAUCCAUCAUCCUGCUUUCCGCAACGCAUUCUCUGUCCCCUGUAAAAAGUAAAUACCAGAAAACAGAGCUGAGCAUUCAUUUUUCGUCAACGAAAACAAGAGCCAAGGACGAAAAGAAAGAACAGAAAUCAGGUUGUUGCAGGAUUUCUGUUUCUAGGUUGUCUCCGUUUUCAUGGAAGAUGAAGUCCUCCUCUGCAACUUUAUGUGCAGAUCUGAGAAGCGGGAAAUUGUGUUUUUGUAGCAUUCUCCCGGCAGCUUCUCUGCUGUGUAUACUGUUUCUCAUAGUGAGUGCAUACAUAUCAACAGAUUACAGAGAGAAUUCAUCAUCGUUUUGGAGAGUCGCAAACAAUUUGCAGAAUCUAAAGUACAAAUGCAUGAAUCAGAAAAAGCCUUAUGGAAGUGAGCCACUGCCUCGAGGCAUUGUUGCCAAGACUUCUGAUCUGGAAAUGCGGCCGUUAUGGGAUGCUAAAAAGAAACCUUCAGUUAACUUGUUGAAGAAGAAAGAUGCAAAUUCUUCAACUAAUUUAUUUGCCAUGGCUGUCGGGAUACAGCAAAAGGAUCUUGUCAGUAAAAUGGUCAAAAAGUUCCUGUCAAGUGGUUUCGUUGUGAUGCUCUUCCAUUAUGAUGGCAUCGUUGAUGAGUGGAAGGAAUUUCAAUGGAGCGACCAAGUUAUUCAUGUAUCUGCAGUCAGUCAAACCAAAUGGUGGUUUGCAAAGCGUUUCUUGCAUCCUGACAUAGUUGCCGAAUAUAGUUACAUUUUCCUCUGGGAUGAGGACCUCGGAGUUGACAAUUUCCAUCCCCAACGGUACAUAUCCAUUGUUCAAAAGGAAGGGCUUGAGAUAUCACAACCUGCACUGGAUUAUUCCAAAUCAGAGGUGCAUCAUCAAAUUACUGUGCGUUUGAGAGGAUCAGUAGCACACAGAAGGACUUACAAGUCAAGUAACAAUGGGAAAGGUUGUUAUGAGAGCAGUAGAGCUCCUCCUUGCACCGGGUGGAUAGAAGUGAUGGCUCCUGUUUUCUCUAGAGCUGCCUGGCGUUGUGUAUGGUAUAUGAUCCAGAAUAACUUGAUUCAUGCAUGGGGACUAGAUACGCAGAUUGGCUAUUGUGCGCAGGGAGAUCGAACUAAAAAAGUUGGAGUUGUGGAUGCCGAGUACAUAAUCCAUCACGGCCGCCCUACAUUGGGAGGAUCCUCAGAUGAUCAAAAUAAUCAGGUGACGAAGGGAUCAUCAUCAUCAUCAUCAUCAAAAUCUACAGGAAACGACCACAGAAUUGAUGUGAGGCGGGAAUCGUUCAAUCAAAUGAAAGUGUUCAGAAGGAAAUGGGAACGAGCUGUCAGGAACGAUAAAUGUUGGAUUGAUCCCUACAAGUAGCCGCUAAUUAAUUAGUGCUUGAGCGCUCCUAUGUAUAUGAAUAUCGUCAUCCAUCGUCCUUUAUUUGGAGGAAACUCAGAGCUCAUAAGUUGGUGUAAAAUUUGGAGAUCUUCAUACUUAACAUUACUACUGCAUAAGACCUGAGAGGCAGGCCAAAAGCAAGGUUGUAUUACCUUUUUUUCUUUUUACACGGUUGAAAUGUAUAUGUGAACACAGAAAUCAACUCCAGUUUUAUACUUA